CACAUAUGCUUGCUCACACCCCGGCAGUGUGCUGAGCCAGAAAAUCCAACGGCCAGCACUGUUCUCUCGCCUCCUCUCCAGGGCAGGAGAGAGAAAAAGACGCACAGAGAAAGAGAGGGAACGAAACAGAGAGGCAGCGGAGGAGGGCAGCUCUUCUCUCCAUCAGCACCCAACUUUUCCAAGUAAGAAGGGAACUUUCUGUAGAGAGCUGGUCUGGCUAAAUAUAGCACGCUCUGCAUCAUGGGGAGGCCACCGAAUGCCAUUUCCCUCCUGCUCUUCCUCUUCUAUCUGGGAACUUCCUGGGAGACUCAGGUGUCCCGUCCCGUCUCCUUCCCCUCCAACGCAACUGUUUUUUCCCAUGUCUACACUAUCAAACUUGCAGGGGAUGUGAUGGAAGGGGAAGGAGCAACCUCUAUGCCCCAAGAAGCCUUGGGCCCCCCUGGGUCCUCCCAUGGAGGGGGCUUGUAUGAACACACGCUGGAAGGGCCCGAUCAGGAGCACGUGGUUUUCACCCAUCGCAUCAACCUUCCCCAGCAGUCCUGUGGGUGUGCGCCUGGGACUGAGGACACGCGAGAGCUUCUCAAGCGGUUACAGGCACUUGAGAAUGAAGUCCGGACGCUAAGGGACACCUGCCAAGCUGGGAGUGGCUGCUGCCCUGCUACGGCCCCCAGCCAAGCCAGCACAGGUCAAACAGACAUACGUACCCUGUGUUCCCACCAUGGCUCCUUCGACCUCUCUCGAUGCCAAUGUGAAUGUGAGCCAGGUUGGGGUGGCCCCACCUGUGCCGAACCCGCAUGCCCAGGUGGAUGUGGUGGCCCACAGCGUGGCAAGUGUGUAAAUGGCCGUUGCCAGUGUCGUCCUGGCUACAGGGGAACCAACUGUGAGGACCCACCUUCGUGCCCAGAUGACUGCAAUGACCAAGGUCGCUGCGUGGAUGGGCGCUGCAGUUGCUUUCCAGGCUAUGUUGGCCCUUCCUGCUCUGAUCCUGCAUGCCCCCAGGACUGCCAAGGCCAUGGGCAGUGUGUGUCAGGACGCUGUGUGUGCGACCCUGGUUAUUCAGGGCUGGACUGUGGGACCCGGGCCUGUCCCAGCAAUUGUAACCGGCGUGGGGAGUGCCGCAAUGGUCGCUGUGUCUGUGAGCCGGGCUUUACUGGUCCAGCCUGUGGUACCAAAUCUUGCCCCAAUGAUUGCAACCAGAGAGGACGCUGUUUGAAGGGAGGAGUGUGUGCCUGCCAGAAGGGAUACACAGGAGCUGACUGUGGACAAGUGGCAUGUCCAGAAGACUGCAGUGGUCAUGGAGAAUGCCAGAACGGAGUGUGUCUGUGCCAUGAUGGUUAUUCUGGAGAUGACUGUGCCACAGAGAUUCCAUCCAUUGGUGUCCGUGUGUCUAAUCGAGAUGAAACAUCUUUCCGGCUAGAGUGGAACCGGCCGCAGAUUCCUGUGGAUGCCUAUGAGAUCCACCUGGUACCCAAGAAAAAUCCCCGAGCAGGUGAAUCUGUGCGCUUGUCUGGUACUGAGACUGCCUUUGAACGCAGAGGACUAACAUCUGGAGAAGAAUAUACUGUCACCAUCCGGGCGGAAAAAGGGCAGCGCUAUGGACCCCCUGUCUCCCAGACCGUGCAAACACGUGUGGCUCCUCCCCGUGGCCUGCGGUCGUCACAGGUGACAGAAAACUCAGUGACUUUGCAGUGGGAACCACCUGCCUCUCACUGUGAGGGAUACAUCCUCAGCUACGUGCCCGUGGUUGCUGCCCGGCCUGCCCAAGCCACAAAACGUGUGGAGCUUCCACCGACACCUGAAACGGUCACCUUGGAAGAACUGGAAAGCAACACCCGGUAUCGCAUCACUUUGGUCGCUCGCCAGAGCGGUGAGAGCAGCCGAGCCACCACUAUCGUCACCAGCACCACUGCACCACCUGUGAGGCAACCAGCCCACCAGUAUUCAACACCAUCCCCUUCUUCCCAUUUAAGACCUGGCACUUCUUCUACCCAUCCUGAAUCUCCAAAUAUAAGACCUGGAACUUCUUCUACCCAUCCUGAAUCUUCAAAUGUAAGACCUGGCACUUCUUCUACCCGUCCUGAACCUCCAAAUGUAAGACCUGGAACUUCUACCCAUCCUGAAUCUCCAAAUGUAAGACCUGGCACUUCUUCUACCCGUCCUGAACCUCCAAAUGUAAGACCUGGCACUUCUACUCAUCCUGAAUCUUCAAAUGUAAGACCUGACACUUCUUCCACUCAUCCAAAACCUCCAAAUGUAAGACCUGGCGCUUCUUCUACUCAUCUGGAACCUUCAAAUGUGAGACCUGACACUUCUUCUAUCCAUCCUGAUUCUCCAAAUGUAAGACCUGGUACUUCUUCCACCCAUCCAGAACCUCCAAAUGUAAGACCUGAUACUUCUUCUACCCAUCCUGAUUCUCCAAAUGUAAGACCUGGUACUUCUUCCACCCAUCCAAAACCUCCAAAAGUAAGACCUGACACUUCUUCUACACGUCCUCAACCUCCAAAUGCAAGACCUGGCACUUCUUCUACCUAUCCCAAACCUCCAAAUGUGAGACCUGACACUUCUUCUAUCCAUCCUGAUUCUCCAAAUGUAAGACCUGGUACUUCUUCCACCCAUCCAGAACCUCCAAAUGCAAGACCUGGCACUUCUUCUACCUAUCCCGAACCUCCAAAUGUGAGACCUGACAUUUCUUCUACACGUCCUCAACCUCCAGAUGUGAGACCUGACAUUUCUUCUACUCGUCCUCAACCUCCAAAUGUAAGACCUGGCACCCAACCUGAACCUCCAAAUGUAAGACCUGGCACUUCUUCUACCAGUUCUGAAUCUUCAAUUCCACCAGAUCGCCACACCACCUUAGUGACUAAGGAGCUCUUUUUGAAGAAAAUUACCCAGAAUAUCUCAAGCAAGCUUUCACCGUACAAUGGAACUCUCCUGGAACGUUUGGAGAGUUAUCUCCGUGCCACGAACUUUCCUGUCCAGGGCAACCGCACCAUAGAAAAUGUGGCCAGGGACAUCUACAUCUACCUCAUCCGCUGGAAGCCAAAAGAGUUCCAAGACAGGGUCAGGGAACGCCUGGUGAAAGAGACAAACAGCUCCUUCCCCACAAGGGAGUUUCCUAUAGGGGAAACUGAUAGUGUCUACUCAGAUGGAUACAUCCGUUCAGACCAUGCCAAACCAUCGGUGAUUGCCAGUUCUCCAGAAAGUAUGGAGGUGUUGCUGGAUGGUGUGAGGGGAGUCUCUGAAAAAGUGAUUAUCCGAUUCCGAGAUAUGAGGAGCGGAGAAGGAGGAGAAGUCAUCGUUCCAGGAGAUGCUUCCAAAGCAAUCGUCACUGGGUUGGCUCCGGGCACGACCUACCAGGUGGAAAUCCAUGGCAUUGUGAAAGGCCACUCUUCCAAGUCGUAUUCCUUUAUAACUGCCACAGCUCCGGCUUCACCAACCGCUGCCAAGACCCAGCCUGUCCUGAGUACCACCCGAAGCCCAGUCGUGUCCUUGAAGGACCUCGCGGUGACAGAGGUCUCUCCAAACAGUCUCUAUGUGACGUGGUCAGCCCCACCUCGUUCCUUCCAGGGCUUUUCCCUCCAGUAUAGGGAUCCCAAGUCCAAUGCCACACCUGGCGAAAUCCGACUACCGGGGACAAAGAGAAGUGUCAACGUGACGGGCUUGAGCCCUAGAACCGACUACGAACUGCAGUUAUAUGGCGAGAAACCCAAUGGGCUUUAUGAGGGUCCAAUAACAUCAAAGGCAUCAACAGCCCCACCAUCAGCAGUAGAAAAGCCCAGCCUAGGUGGUAUCUCAGUCUUGGAAGUGACUGACAAUGCUGCACGCCUUUCCUGGAGCGUCGCCACCGGGACUUUUGACUCCUUUUUAAUCCAGUAUAAAGAUGCUGAAGGCAAACAGAAGUCACUGCCUUUGAACGGGGACUUGCGGGAAGCCAUCAUCUCUCACCUGGUACCUUCUCGAAAAUACAAAUUCAACCUUUAUGGACUUGUGGGUCGCAAGCGUCAUGGCCCUGUUUCCACAGAAGCUGUCACAGCAAAGCCAGAGAAGAAACUGCCUGCUCCACCAGGCUUGGGGGAACUCUCUGCCUCCGAUAUCACCAGCGAUUCUGUCCAUCUGUCCUGGAGUGUCCCCUCUGGCAGCUUUGAAUCCUUUGUGAUCCAGUACAAGGAUGCUGAGGGCAGGCCUCAAGUGAUCCCCGCCGAAGGGGACGUCCACGAAGUCACAAUCCCCAGCCUGGCUCCAUCCCGCAAAUAUCGCUUCAACCUCUAUGGUAUCUCCAAUCGCAAACGUCUUGGUCCUGCUACCACCGAUGUCACCACAGCACCACGGAGAGAAGAACCCACACCUGAAGCUGUCCUCGGUGACCUGUCUGUCUCCGAUACUACCAGCGACUCUGUCCGUCUCAUAUGGAGCGUCCCCUUAGGCAGCUUUGACUCUUUCUUAAUCCAGUACCAAGAUCCAGAGGGCAACGAUCAGUCCCUGCCUGUGAACCAGGAUCUCCGUGAGGCCACUAUCACCAAUUUGGCUCCUUCCCAAAGAUACAGGUUUAACCUCUAUGGCAUCUCCGGCUCUCAGCAUCUGGGACCUGUUUCUGCCGAUGCUGUUACAGCUCCUAAGGAAACUAAAAAAGAAAGACCAACAGAGACGGUAUCUGUUCAGCCUACUUUGGGCGAGCUCUCAGCCUCUGACGUCACCAGUGAUUCCGUCCUCCUCUCCUGGACUGUCCGUACUGAGAGUUUUGACUCCUUCCUGAUCCAGUACAAGGACGCACAGGGCAAGACCCAGGCGCAGACCAUAGAGGGGGGCUUCCGUGAGGCCACCAUCUCUAAUCUCCAUCCUUCUCGCAGAUACAAGUUCAACCUCUAUGGAAUCUCUGAGCGCAAACGAUCCAGCCCCAUCUCUACUGAGGCCACAACAGCUUCCGCCCCAGUCUCCCCAGAGGCUGAGAGAGGGACCGCUAUUCAGCCCAGCCUGGGAAAGCUCUCAGUCUCUGAUGUCACCAACAAUUCUCUCCGUCUUUCCUGGACUGUCCACACUGGAAGCUUUGACUCUUUCCUAGUGCAGUACAAGGAUGCCGAAGGAAAAGCCCAAGCAUUGCCCAUGGAAGGGGAUGCCCGGGAAGUCCUCAUCCCCAGCUUGGCUCAUUCCCACAGAUACAAGUUCAACCUCUUUGGGGUCUCUGGGCGCAAGCGGUCAAGCCCCCUCACCACGGAGGCCAUGACAGCUUCGCAAGAGAGUGAGGAUCCGACCCCUGUUCAGCCCAGCCUGGGAGAACUCUCCCUUUCAGAUGUCACCAACCACUCCGUCCGUCUCUCCUGGACCAUUCCCACUGGGAGCUUUGACUCUUUUCAAGUGCAAUACAAGGAUGCUGGAGGCAAAUUGCAAGCAUUGCCUGUGAAGGGGGACUCCCGUGAGGUGGUCAUCCCCAACCUGGUUCCUUCCCACAGAUACAAGUUCAACCUCUAUGGAGUUGCCGACCGUAAACGCUUAGGUCCAGUCUCUACUGAUGCCAUUACAGGUCAGCAGCAGGAAUCUCCUCCAGUCUCCCAGGAGAGUGAGGAGGAGACCACUGUUCAGCCCACACUGGGAGAGCUCUCUGUUUCCGAUAUCACCACCAAUUCUGUCCGUCUCUCCUGGACCAUCCAAACUGGGAGCUUUGAUUCUUUCCUAGUGCAGUACAAAGAUGCCAAAGGCAAACCCCAAUCAUUGCCAGUGGAAGGGGGCACCCGGGAGGUCAUUGUCCCCAACCUGGUUCCUUCCCGCAGAUACAAGUUCAAUCUCUAUGGAGUCUCUGGACGCAAACGUUCAGGCCCCCUCUCCAUUGAUGCGACUACAGCUGCAAUGGCAACAUCACCAGAGGUGACCACGGAAAGAGUCACCACUCAUCUAAGCCUGGACCAGCUCUCUGUUUCCGAUGUCACCAGUAAUUCAGUCCAUCUCUCCUGGGUCGUCCCCACUGGGGAUUUUGAUUCCUUCCUAGUCCAGUACAAAGAUCCACAAGGGAGACUUCAGUCAUUGCCUGUGGACGGCAUUUCCCGAACCCUCACAGUGCCAAACCUGGAACCCUCACAAAGAUAUAGAUUCAACCUCUAUGGGGUUUUUGAAAGCAAGCGUUAUGGCCCUCUGCCUGCAAUGGCAGUUACAGCCCCAGCCUCACCAUUGCUGCCAGAACAAGCCGGAGUAUCAGCCCCCCAGCCCAAGCUUGGGGAAUUCUCCAGUUUUGACAUUUCUAGUGAUUCGCUCAAACUCGCCUGGACUGUCCUGUCUGGACCAUCUUUUGACUCCUUCCUGAUUCAGUACAAGGAUGCGGAGGGUAAACCCCAGGCCUUGCCUGUGGGCACCAAUACCCGUGAAGUCACCAUCUCCAACCUGGUCCCUUCCCAUAAAUACAAAUUCCACCUUUACGGAGUCUCUGGUACCAAGCGAAUCGAAUCCCUUUCCACUGAGGCAGUCACAGCCCCACUGAUGGAGAACCCCACUCCCCCACUCAGACUGGGACAGCUGACAGCAAGUAACAUUAUGUCAAAUUCUCUCGAUCUCUCCUGGACUGUUGAGGAAGGAAAUUUUGACUCUUUCAUCAUCCAGUACCGAGAUGCUCAGAACAAAUCGCAAGCUCUCCCUGUUGAUGGGAACCUGCGUUCUCUCCAUCUCCAUGACCUGGUUCCCUCUCACAGAUAUCAGAUCAACCUCUAUGGUGUCUCAGGCAGAAAACGUCUUGGUCCCAUCUCCACCGAAGCAGAGACAGCUUUAUUGCCCACAACGCCUCCACCGCCACCACCUCAGCCCACUUUGGGGGAUCUCUCUGUGUCGGAUGUCACCAGAAACUCCGUCCGUCUGUCCUGGACAGUGCCCACUGGUAGCUUUGACUCCUUCUCAAUCCAGUACAAAGAUGGUGAAGGAAAGCCCCAAAUACUGCCAGUGGAGGGGGAGUCUCGUGAAAUCACCGUUCCUAACCUGGUUCCCUCCCGGAGAUACAAGUUCAACCUGUAUGGAAUCUCUGGUCGCAAGCGUGUGGGCCCCAUUUCUGCUGACACUGUCACAGCAUCAUCUCCACAGGAACCUCCAGUUCCUCCCAGUUUGGGGCAGCUCUCUGCUUCUGACAUCACCAGUGACUCUGUCCGCCUCUCAUGGACAGUCCCCACUGGGAGCUUUGACAGCUUCCAGGUCCAGUACAAAGAUGCCAACGGCAAGCCUCAGACCAUCUCAGUGGAGGGAGUCUUUCAUGAGGUUAUCAUCCCCAAUCUGGCCUCAUCCCGCAGAUACAAGUUCAACCUUUAUGGAUUCACUGGACGCAAGCGCCUGGGCCCCAUCUCUACCGACGCUGUUACAGUGUCACUUCCAGCAGAAACACGAGCUCCACCCAGCUUGGGUCAGCUCUCUGUCUCAAACGUCACCAGCGAUUCCGCCCAUCUCACCUGGACUGUUCGUACAGGGGAGUUUGACUCCUUCUUAAUCCAGUACAAGGACGCUGAAGGCAAACCUCAAGCGUUGCCCUUGGACGCAAGUGCCCGUGAGACCACCAUCACUAGUCUGUCCCCUUCUCGUCGAUACAAGUUCAACCUCUAUGGAGUUGCAGGGCGUAAACGUCUUGGCCCAUCCUCUGCAGAUGCAGUCACAGCCUCAGCCUCACCAUCGCUGCCAGAAGAAGCAGGAGUAUCAGCCCCCCAGCCCAAGCUUGGGGAAUUCUCCAGUUUUGACAUUUCUAGUGAUUCGCUCAAACUCGCCUGGACUGUCCUGUCUGGACCAUCUUUUGACUCCUUCCUGAUUCAGUACAAGGAUGCGGAGGGUAAACCCCAGGCCUUGCCUGUGGGCACCAAUACCCGUGAAGUCACCAUCUCCAACCUGGUCCCUUCCCAUAAAUACAAAUUCCACCUUUACGGAGUCUCUGCCCCACUGAUGGAGAACCCCACUCCCCCACUCAGACUGGGACAGCUGACAGCAAGUAACAUUAUGUCAAAUUCUCUCGAUCUCUCCUGGACUGUUGAGGAAGGAAAUUUUGACUCUUUCAUCAUCCAGUACCGAGAUGCUCAGAACAAAUCGCAAGCUCUCCCUGUUGAUGGGAACCUGCGUUCUCUCCAUCUCCACGACCUGGUUCCCUCUCACAGAUAUCAGAUCAACCUCUAUGGUGUCUCAGGCAGAAAACGUCUUGGUCCCAUCUCCACCGAAGCAGAGACAGCUCUAUUGCCCACAACGCCGCCACCGCCACCACCUCAGCCCACUUUGGGGGAUCUCUCUGUUUCGGAUGUCACUAGAAACUCCGUCCGUCUGUCCUGGACAGUGCCCACUGGUAGCUUUGACUCCUUCUCAAUCCAGUACAAAGAUGGGGAAGGAAAGCCCCAAAUACUGCCAGUGGAGGGGGAGUCUCGUGAAAUCACUGUUCCUAACCUGGUUCCCUCCCGGAGAUACAAGUUCAACCUCUAUGGAAUCUCUGGUCGCAAGCGUGUGGGCCCCAUUUCUGCUGACACUGUCACAGCAUCAUCUCCACAGGAACCUCCAGUUCCUCCCAGUUUGGGGCAGCUCUCUGCUUCUGACAUCACCAGUGACUCUGUCCGCCUCUCAUGGACAGUCCCCACUGGGAGCUUUGACAGCUUCCAGGUCCAGUACAAAGAUGCCAACGGCAAGCCUCAGACCAUCUCAGUGGAGGGAGUCUUUCAUGAGGUUAUCAUCCCCAAUCUGGCCUCAUCCCGCAGAUACAAGUUCAACCUUUAUGGAUUCACUGGACGCAAGCGCCUGGGCCCCAUCUCUACCGACGCUGUUACAGUGUCACUUCCAGCAGAAACACGAGCUCCACCCAGCUUGGGUCAGCUCUCUGUCUCAAACGUCACCAGCGAUUCCGCCCAUCUCACCUGGACUGUUCGUACAGGGGAGUUUGACUCCUUCUUAAUCCAGUACAAGGACGCUGAAGGCAAACCUCAAGCGUUGCCCUUGGACGCAAGUGCCCGUGAGACCACCAUCACUAGUCUGUCCCCUUCUCGUCGAUACAAGUUCAACCUCUAUGGAGUUGCAGGGCGUAAACGUCUUGGCCCAUCCUCUGCAGAUGCAGUCACAGCCUCUCCAGCAAAGAAAGAAGAGUCAGUGCAGCCCAGCCUGGGGGAGCUCUCCAUUUCCGAUCUCACCAGCAACUCCGCUCUUCUCUCCUGGACUGUCCUAAUGGGGAGUUUUGACUCAUUCCUGAUCCAGUACAAGGACGCAGAGGGCAAACCCCAGUCGUUGCCCGUGGAAGGCCCCUCACGCAAGGUCACUGUUUCAAACCUGGCUCCUUCCCGCAGAUACAAGUUCAACCUUUACGGACUUUCUGGUCGCAAACGGCUUGGCCCUGUUUCCGCUGAGGCCACCACAGUUGAACCAGAGGAGAAGGAGAAAGAGGAGGAAGGUGAAGAACGCAAACCUCGACUGGGGGAACUCUUGGUUUCAGAAACAAACAGCGAUUCAGUCCGCCUUUUUUGGAGUGUCCCAGUGGGACGUUUUGAUUCUUUCCUUGUUCAGUAUGAAGAUGGAGAUGAUGAUGUGCAGACUCUGACGGUAGAUGGUGACUCUCGAGAGGUCACAAUCCCUAACCUGGCUCCAUCCCAGAGGUACCAAUUUGACCUCUAUGGCAUCACAGGUGGUGAAACCCUUGGGCCUAUAUCUACUGACACUUUCACAGUUCCAUUGGCACAAGAGCAGCAAGUAAAAGAAACAGCAACCCCAACACCAGAACCCAACCUGGGGGAGCUCUCUGUCUCUGAAGUCACCAGUGAUUCUGUCCGUCUGUCUUGGGAUGUCCCUAGGGAGACUUUUGACUCAUUUGUGAUCCAGUACACGGAUGCUGAAAAUAAACCACAGGAAAUUCCUGUGGAGAAGGAUACCAACUCAGUGGUCAUCUACUACCUGGUGCCUUUCUACAGAUACACGUUCUAUCUCUACGGCAUCUCUGAACACAGGCGUCUUGGCCCAGUCUCCAUCAGUAUUGUCACAGCCAUAACAGAAGAUAAGAAGCCCAAAGAAGAGACAUAUGAGAAGGCCCCUGUGGUAAUGGAGCCCCACUUGGGAAAGCUCACGGUCUCGGAGGUCUCCAGUAAUGCUGCCCAUCUCACCUGGACUGUCCCCCAGGGAAACUUUGAUUCUUUCUCAAUCCAGUACAAAGAUGCGGAAGGAAGAAACCAGGCCCUCCCCGUAGCAGGAGGGUCCCGCAAGGUCAUGGUCCCCAACUUGGUCCCCUCUCACAAAUACAGGUUCAAUCUUUUUGGUAUCUCUGGAUCACGACGUCUUGGACCCAUCUCUGCCAAUGCUGUGACAACAGCUAUGACAACAACUCAUGAUGAGAAGCCUCAAAACAUGGGAGAAGAAGCCGUCACGGAGGUCCCCACUGGAACAGAGUCCCGUUUGGGGAAGCUCACGGUCCCCGAGGUCACAAGUAAUGCAGCUCGCCUCACCUGGUCUGUCCCUCUGGGGACCUUUGAUUCUUUCUUAAUCCAGUACAAGGAUGCAGAAGGAAGAUCUCACAUGAUUCCUGUAGGAGGAGGGUCUCGUGAGGUUUUGGUCCCCAACUUGCUCCCCUCUCACAAAUACAAGUUCAAUCUCUAUGGCAUCUCUGGACAACAACGACUUGGACCCAUCUCUGCCAAUGUUUUGACAACAGCUUCAGUAACAACCCCUGAUGAGAAGGACCACGAAGUGGGAGAAGAAGCUGUCAAGGAGGUCCCUAGAGAAACAGAGCCCCGUUUGGGGAUGCUCACGGUCUCUGAGGUCACCAGUGACACUGCCCGUCUCACCUGGACUGUCCCCCAAGGAAACUUUGAUUCUUUCUCAGUCCAAUACAAGGAUGCAAGGGGAACACCCUGGGCACUUCCUGUGGGAGGAGACUCUCGUGAGGUCGUGGUCCCCAACUUAACCCCCUCUCACAAAUACAGGUUCAAUCUCUAUGGCAUCUCUGGAUCACGACGUCUGGGACCCGUCUCUGCCAAUGCUGUGACAACAGCUGCGGAAACACCAGGGAAGGUAAUUGAGGAGACAGAGGAGGAGACGGAGAAGGUGUUGCCAGAGCCAAGCAAGAUUGUCCAGCCCAGCCUGGGAGACCUCACCGUCUCUGAGGUCACCCCUGAUUCUCUUCUCCUUUCCUGGAGCAUCCGGGAAGGGAGCUUUGACUCUUUCCUCAUCCAAUACAAGGAUGCUGUGGGCAAGCUCCAGACCUUACCUGUGGAUGGAGCCAUGCGCUCCCUCCAUCUCUACAACCUGGCACCUUCACAAAGAUACAAAUUCACUGUCUUCGGAGUCUCUGGCCAGAAACAUCUUGGACCCGUCUCAAUUGAUGCUGUCACGGCAGUGCAAGAGCGCCCUCAGGAAGAGCCUACUGUUCAGCCCAGGCUAGGAGAGUUAUCUGUCUCUAAGGCCACCAGUGAUUCGGUCAGUCUGUCCUGGAGCAUACCAGCUGGGACUUUCGACUCUUUCCUGGUCCAGUACAAAGACGUGGAGGGCAAACCCCAGGUCUUGCCUCUCAGCGGCAACUCCCGUGAGGUCACCAUCCCUGGUCUGGCUCCUUCUCGCAGAUAUAAGUUCAAUCUUUAUGGCAUUAGCGGGCACAAACGCUUGGGUCCCAUCUCUGCAGAUACCAUCACAGGCCCGAGCACCAAACCACAGAACAUAGCUCAGCUCAAGCUUGGAGAACUGUCAGCCCAGGACAUCACGGCAGAAUCUCUUCUCCUUUCCUGGACCAUGAAGAGUGGGAACUUUGACUCCUUUAUCAUCCAGUACAGAGAUGCAGAUGGCAAGCCCCAUGCUUUGCCUGUGGAUGGGAGUUUGCGCUCAAUGAAGCUUCAUGACUUAGUCCCCUCUCAUAGAUACAGAUUCAAUCUCUAUGGUGUCUCUGGACGCAAGCGUUUUGGACCUGUUUUCACGGAGGCCACUACAGCUGCUUCUGAAAAGGCACCCCCUCCACGGCCCACUCUGGGGGAGCUCUCAGCUUCUGACAUCAACAGCACAUCUGUCCGUCUCUCCUGGAACGUCCUGCUUGGGAAUUUCGACUCCUUCAUUGUCCAGUACCGGGAUGCGGAGGGGAAACCCCAUGCAUUGCCUGUGGACAGAAACUCCCACGAGGUGGUCAUCUACAACCUGGUGCCUUCUCGGAGAUACAAGUUCAACCUCUAUGGCAUCUCUGGACGCAAGCGCCUUGGCCCCGUCUCUGCUGAAGUAGUCACAGAACGAAUGGCAGAACCAGAGAUCCGCCCAACGCUGGGCGAUCUCUUCAUCUCCGAGGUCACCCAGGACUCUGUUCGACUCUCAUGGACCAUCUCAGCCGGGAAGUUCAACUCUUUCCUCAUCCAGUACAAUGAUGCCAAUGGAAAGCCCCAGACUGUGCCCGUUGAUGCCGAAGCCCGCACAGUAGUUAUCUCCGACCUGAUGAAUUCCCACAGAUACAAGGAGGACUCAUUCUGCAGACUCAUCCUCCACCCACGGCACCAGCCGCGCCAUGAAUGGCUUGCAAAGCAUGAGGAACUCACAUACAAGGACGCAGAGGGCAAACCCCAGUCGUUGCCCGUGGAAGGCCCCUCACGCAAGGUCACUGUUUCAAACCUGGCUCCUUCCCGCAGAUACAAGUUCAACCUUUACGGACUUUCUGGUCGCAAACGGCUUGGCCCUGUUUCUGCUGAGGCCACCACAGUUGAACCAGAGGAGAAGGAGAAAGAAGAGGAAGGUGAAGAACGCAAACCUCGACUGGGGGAACUCUUGGUUUCAGAAACAAACAGCGAUUCAGUCCGCCUUUUUUGGAGUGUCCCAGUGGGACGUUUUGAUUCUUUCCUUGUUCAGUAUGAAGAUGGAGAUGAUGAUGUGCAGACUCUGACGGUAGAUGGUGACUCUCGAGAGGUCACAAUCCCUAACCUGGCUCCAUCCCAGAGGUACCAAUUUGACCUCUAUGGCAUCACAGGUGGUGAAACCCUUGGGCCUAUAUCUACUGACACUUUCACAGUUCCAUUGGCACAAGAGCAGCAAGUAAAAGAAACAGCAACCCCAACACCAGAACCCAACCUGGGGGAGCUCUCUGUCUCUGAAGUCACCAGUGAUUCUGUCCGUCUGUCUUGGGAUGUCCCUAGGGAGACUUUUGACUCAUUUGUGAUCCAGUACACGGAUGCUGAAAAUAAACCACAGGAAAUUCCUGUGGAGAAGGAUACCAACUCAGUGGUCAUCUACUACCUGGUGCCUUUCUACAGAUACACGUUCUAUCUCUACGGCAUCUCUGAACACAGGCGUCUUGGCCCAGUCUCCAUCAGUAUUGUCACAGCCAUAACAGAAGAUAAGAAGCCCAAAGAAGAGACAUAUGAGAAGGCCCCUGUGGUAAUGGAGCCCCACUUGGGAAAGCUCACGGUCUCGGAGGUCUCCAGUAAUGCUGCCCAUCUCACCUGGACUGUCCCCCAGGGAAACUUUGAUUCUUUCUCAAUCCAGUACAAAGAUGCGGAAGGAAGAAACCAGGCCCUCCCCGUAGCAGGAGGGUCCCGCAAGGUCAUGGUCCCCAACUUGGUCCCCUCUCACAAAUACAGGUUCAAUCUUUUUGGUAUCUCUGGAUCACGACGUCUUGGACCCAUCUCUGCCAAUGCUGUGACAACAGCUAUGACAACAACUCAUGAUGAGAAGCCUCAAAACAUGGGAGAAGAAGCCGUCACGGAGGUCCCCACUGGAACAGAGUCCCGUUUGGGGAAGCUCACGGUCCCCGAGGUCACAAGUAAUGCAGCUCGCCUCACCUGGUCUGUCCCUCUGGGGACCUUUGAUUCUUUCUUAAUCCAGUACAAGGAUGCAGAAGGAAGAUCUCACAUGAUUCCUGUAGGAGGAGGGUCUCGUGAGGUUUUGGUCCCCAACUUGCUCCCCUCUCACAAAUACAAGUUCAAUCUCUAUGGCAUCUCUGGACAACAACGACUUGGACCCAUCUCUGCCAAUGUUUUGACAACAGCUUCAGUAACAACCCCUGAUGAGAAGGACCACGAAGUGGGAGAAGAAGCUGUCAAGGAGGUCCCUAGAGAAACAGAGCCCCGUUUGGGGAUGCUCACGGUCUCUGAGGUCACCAGUGACACUGCCCGUCUCACCUGGACUGUCCCCCAAGGAAACUUUGAUUCUUUCUCAGUCCAAUACAAGGAUGCAAGGGGAACACCCUGGGCACUUCCUGUGGGAGGAGACUCUCGUGAGGUCGUGGUCCCCAACUUAACCCCCUCUCACAAAUACAGGUUCAAUCUCUAUGGCAUCUCUGGAUCACGACGUCUGGGACCCGUCUCUGCCAAUGCUGUGACAACAGCUGCGGAAACACCAGGGAAGGUAAUUGAGGAGACAGAGGAGGAGACGGAGAAGGUGUUGCCAGAGCCAAGCAAGAUUGUCCAGCCCAGCCUGGGAGACCUCACCGUCUCUGAGGUCACCCCUGAUUCUCUUCUCCUUUCCUGGAGCAUCCGGGAAGGGAGCUUUGACUCUUUCCUCAUCCAAUACAAGGAUGCUGUGGGCAAGCUCCAGACCUUACCUGUGGAUGGAGCCAUGCGCUCCCUCCAUCUCUACAACCUGGCACCUUCACAAAGAUACAAAUUCACUGUCUUCGGAGUCUCUGGCCAGAAACAUCUUGGACCCGUCUCAAUUGAUGCUGUCACGGCAGUGCAAGAGCGCCCUCAGGAAGAGCCUACUGUUCAGCCCAGGCUAGGAGAGUUAUCUGUCUCUAAGGCCACCAGUGAUUCGGUCAGUCUGUCCUGGAGCAUACCAGCUGGGACUUUCGACUCUUUCCUGGUCCAGUACAAAGACGUGGAGGGCAAACCCCAGGUCUUGCCUCUCAGCGGCAACUCCCGUGAGGUCACCAUCCCUGGUCUGGCUCCUUCUCGCAGAUAUAAGUUCAAUCUUUAUGGCAUUAGCGGGCACAAACGCUUGGGUCCCAUCUCUGCAGAUACCAUCACAGGCCCGAGCACCAAACCACAGAACAUAGCUCAGCUCAAGCUUGGAGAACUGUCAGCCCAGGACAUCACGGCAGAAUCUCUUCUCCUUUCCUGGACCAUGAAGAGUGGGAACUUUGACUCCUUUAUCAUCCAGUACAGAGAUGCAGAUGGCAAGCCCCAUGCUUUGCCUGUGGAUGGGAGUUUGCGCUCAAUGAAGCUUCAUGACUUAGUCCCCUCUCAUAGAUACAGAUUCAAUCUCUAUGGUGUCUCUGGACGCAAGCGUUUUGGACCUGUUUUCACGGAGGCCACUACAGCUGCUUCUGAAAAGGCACCCCCUCCACGGCCCACUCUGGGGGAGCUCUCAGCUUCUGACAUCAACAGCACAUCUGUCCGUCUCUCCUGGAACGUCCUGCUUGGGAAUUUCGACUCCUUCAUUGUCCAGUACCGGGAUGCGGAGGGGAAACCCCAUGCAUUGCCUGUGGACAGAAACUCCCACGAGGUGGUCAUCUACAACCUGGUGCCUUCUCGGAGAUACAAGUUCAACCUCUAUGGCAUCUCUGGACGCAAGCGCCUUGGCCCCGUCUCUGCUGAAGUAGUCACAGAACGAAUGGCAGAACCAGAGAUCCGCCCAACGCUGGGCGAUCUCUUCAUCUCCGAGGUCACCCAGGACUCUGUUCGACUCUCAUGGACCAUCUCAGCCGGGAAGUUCAACUCUUUCCUCAUCCAGUACAAUGAUGCCAAUGGAAAGCCCCAGACUGUGCCCGUUGAUGCCGAAGCCCGCACAGUAGUUAUCUCCGACCUGAUGAAUUCCCACAGAUACAAGUUCAACCUCUAUGGCAUCUUAGGCAGGAAGCGGAUCGGACCGAUCUCUACCGAUGCAGUCACAGCUUUUCCCGAUGCCUCCAAUGAAUCGGCCACCUUGUUGGAGAACCUGGUUGUUUCCGAAGUGACACCCACUUCUCUGAAGCUCACCUGGGAAGUUCCGGAGGGAGAGUUCGAUGUCUUCCUGGUCCGGUGCAAGGAGUCUCUUCUGGGAAGUGGAAGGAGCCCCCCGCCACCCAAGGAAGUGUCUGUGAUGGGAAAUGAGCGCUCAGCUGUGCUCCGAGGCCUUACACCCAACACCGAGUAUGGCCUUACAGUCUAUGGCAUCAGGGAAGGAAACCAAGUGGCCAACAUCAACACAGCUGCAAGGACCAGUGGGUUAGAACUGGACAGUCCCCGGGAUCUGUGGUUCAGUGACAUCCGAGAGACCUCAGUUGUGGCCAACUGGAGACCAGCAUCCUCCCGCAUUGAUCACUACAAAGUCUCCUUCCAGCUCUCAGAUGGUGGUGAGCCCAAAAGUAUCUUAGUGGAUGGAUCCAAGCUCAAAACAACCAUCGAGGAUCUGACUCCUGGGGCCAGCUAUGAGGUGACUGUGAUGUCUCUCCGGGGAUUUGAAGAGAGCGAACCUUUGGUGGGCUAUGUCACCACAGUUCCAGAUGGUCCUUCAGACUUGCGGGCCAUCAACAUCACUGACUCCUCGGCGGUGUUGACGUGGCAUCCGGCUAUGGCUGAAAUGAACAACUACAUUGUCACCUAUGGACCUGUUGGUGAUCACCCGUUGAUCUCCAAGCAGAUCGCAAAUAGCCCAUCUUCGUCUACUCCACCUGAUGGCUGGAGCUCUCCAGAUCCCAGAGUCUCCGAAUCAGUGCCAGGGAACCGGGUCCAGCUGCGAGUCACGGGACUACGGCGGGACACAGAAUACCGGGCCAGUGUCUAUGGGGAGAAGGAAGGAAACCGGAGCUCCCCCAUCAGUGCUACCUUCACCACUGGAGUGGAUGGGCCCCGGGACCUCCGGGCCAGUGAGAUCUCAGCCCGCAGUGCUCGCCUCACUUGGUUACCACCCCGAGCAACUCCGGGUGGAUACCUGUUGAGUUAUGAAACUCCUUAUGGGCAACUAAAGGAAAUCUCCUUGGAUGCUAACAUCACUUCGUAUGAAAUCCAGGACCUCGUUCCUUCCAGUAGUUACCAGGCCCAAGUCCAGGCGCUGAGGAGAGGGAUGCCCACAGCUCCCACCUCCACUUCCUUCACCACCGAGCGCCUGACCUACCCCUUCCCUCGGGAUUGCUCAGAGGAGAGCCUGAAUGGGCCAGGACCCUCCCGGGUGACAACGAUUUAUCUUGGAGGCAACCGAGAGCGGCCCUUGCAGGUGUAUUGUGACAUGGAGACGGAUGGAGGUGGCUGGAUAGUUUUUCAGCGCCGGAUGAAUGGCGAGACUGACUUCUGGCGUGACUGGCAGGAUUAUGCCACUGGCUUUGGCAACCUUACUCGGGAAUUUUGGCUGGGGAACACGGCUUUGCACCAGCUGACGUCUUCAGGGGACUAUGAGCUGCGAGUGGACCUUCGUGCCGGGAAUGAGUCUGUCUAUGCCAACUACCAGAGUAUCCGCGUCGAUUCCCCUGCUGACUAUUACCGCCUCCACCUGGGCCAUUACAGUGGCACAGCUGGCGAUGCAUUCAGCUAUCACUCAGGUAGCGUCUUCUCCACCCGGGACCGGGACCCCAACCGGCUCAUCAUUUCCUGCGCUGUCUCAUACCGGGGAGCCUGGUGGUACCACAACUGCCACUACGCCAACCUCAAUGGGCUCUACGCAAACAACCGAGACCACCAGGGCAUCAACUGGUUUAACUGGAAAGGCUUUGAGUUCUCCAUCCCCUUCACCGAGAUGAAGAUUCGGCCCCGUGGCUUCCAGCCUUUGCGGCGGGCGUGAGCAAGGAGGCCUACAAAGGGACUAAAGGGGAGAGCAGAGGAGGAGAAGGAGGAGGAACAAGAUCUCGCGGCUGCUCCUCUCAUGAUGGGAUCCCUCACACUCUCCCUGAGCAAAAGGAGAAAGCAAGAGCGAAAACAAAGGACAGCAAUGAAUGGAUAUUUCCUAAAAGCACCUUGUAUUGUUGUUAUUAUGAUUAUUUUUCCUGCCGUGCACCAGCCACAGAAUGCCAAGAAUCCAGAGUCAAGGACAGUAGAAGAGAUCAAGGAGGAUCACUAUCCACCUCCCCACUCAGCAACCUUUCUUUCUGAAAAGCCAUUGAAAACAACAAAGUUGACCAGAUUCUCAACCAGCCAUCUCCAAAAUGGACUGACUGCUUACCCGGUUGCCACCAAUUCUGGUUUCUCCUCUCACUUGGCAGCCCUGAGAAGAAUAAACGUUGAUCUUGUGUCCUCCAGUUGCAUCGCCCUUUCUGUACACAUUCUCUGCAGAUCCAUCACCAGAGAUUUGGACAACAACUUCCAGUAUCCAUCCGCCAGCAUUGUCAGUGGCAUUGUUGACUGUGGAUUCUGGAAGGUGCAGUCCAAAACAGAAACUGUUUUCAAGCUCAGCUUGUCCCGCCUUUCUCCAAUGUAAAGCUGUUUACAUUCACCCAUUUUCUAUCAUUAUCACCAUCUCCUCUUCCUCCUCUUCUCCCUCCCACAGGCACCAUUGUAAAUCAAAGCACUUUUUAAUAAGAAUUGUGAUGCUG